CCGUCUUGCUGCUGAUAAACAGGAACUGAACCAUCACCGAUAGAAACGAGGAAGUCGUCCCUCUUAAACAAUUCCUCACACUUUGACGCAGCAAAAAAGGACGACGAAUCUUUUCAAUGCGAUAUUUUAAAGUAAAAUCAACACUUCGGUUUUUGUCUUUUUUCUCUCCGGAAACCAACUGAAAUUAAAAGCAACAGCGGAGCAGUGAAGGGAAGGGUCAUGGCGCCGCCUGAUCCUGUCAGCAGGAACGGUCUGGAUCCUAAGGUAGCUAAAGCGAUGGAGAGGGAGAAAACGCUCAAAAACACUCCUCAUUACGGCAGCACUAAUGGAAGCUCCUCGAGUGACACCUGCCCAACGUGUCAAGGCACCGGACGAAUUCCCAGAGGCCAGCAAGAUCAGCUCCUUGCUGUGAUACCAUGCAGCGAUGUGCGGUUAAAACCCAGACGCACAAAGCUGUACGUGUGCAUCUCCAUGGGUAUUUGCCUUUUUCUUUGCUGCCUGAUCCUUUUCUUCUUCUUCCCUCGGAGCGUCACGCUCAAGCCGGUGUCUGUGCUGUCAGUCUUGGUCUAUUUCUACCCAGAUUCUGUGGAUUUGGAGGUCAACAAUCUUAUCAACAUCACAAACGAGAACUUUGUUCCGGUUCAAAUUGCUGAGUUCACCAUGCAGGGCCUGGUUGGUGAAACAGUGGUGGGUCAUACUAAAAUAUCCAACAUGUCUGCCAUACCGUCUCGGACGACAAAAUCGUACACUGUUCAAAUCGACCUGCCACUCAUAGACAAAGGCUUAAACAAUUACUGCAAGUCAAGUACUAUCAAGAUCCACACAUUGUUCCUGAGACUGCAGAUGACCAUGAAUAUCACCUACAUGUCUCACAGCGAGCAGCUCUCACAGGAUGUUUUCGAGUACAUCGACUGUGGGAAUAACUCAACCAUGCCCCAUCCUGUGGAGAUGAUGAACCGUCAUUAUAGACAUCAGCAAUGAGACACUGUUUUCAUUCUUUUAAGGUGUGAUCGAGUUCUCUGAUAAUGAGAUUGUAUUAUGCCAGUAUUUUGAUAUUCCAAAGGCUUUUGAUCAAUCACUACCAUCUUAUAAAUGAAGCACAUUAAUGUUUUCAAUAUAAAUAACUUAAUAUUUUAUUACAAAUGACUUUAACUCUUGUUCUUUUUAAAGCUGUCCAUGUUUUCAGUGUUAUUAAACCCUAUGUUUUUUAUUACAGAGUUGAUCUCUGUUAGUGAUAAUUUCAUUUGCACUUUAUUAAACUGUGACAUUUGUCA